GUGAAAGUGAAAGUGAAUAGGUUCAACAUACCUUGCCUGCCUGCCUUACCUAGUCCAAUGUGCUUGCUUUCUCACCCCUAGCUUCAAUGUUCAGUUCCCCAACCGUUGUUGUGUUACAUAAAAUAAAAAGGAAAAACAUUGAAAGGGAAAAAGAGAUACAUGUAGUUACAUGUGAAUUAUUACCUAGUAAUGUAGUAAUCGGAACGCCAUGCAAUUUGACUGGAGGAUGUUUAGUCUUUAUACAACAUCCAAGUACCUACCUACCUUGUACCGACCGAUGCCAGUCCCUUGCUUUUUGUAUUUAAGAAGCCAGCCGUGUGCAAGUCUUCUAACCAACCCAGUACCUCCAACGACCCAGCCUCUUCUUUCUCUUUCUCCUCUCUUUUGGUUUUCUCUUCUGGCGAGGAAAAGAAGAGAAAGAAUUAAUGAUGUCGACCUCCGAUUCUGGCGAUGUGAACAAGAAGGCAGUGGUGGAGGAGCUGGAGAAGGGCACUACGGUGCAGGUCAGCUCGCUCGACAAGCACCUGACGCGUAGGGUUCUGUUGAAGCUUGACACGAGAAUCCUUCCCGUUCUCGCAGUUCUGUUCCUCUGCUCGUUCCUGGACAGGACCAACGUAGGGAAUGCGCGGCUCUACAACCUGGAGACGGACAUCAACAUCACAGACCACCAAUAUGACCAAGGUCUCGCAGUCUUCUACGCCACCUACAUUCUGAGCGAGAUCCCGAGCAACCUGAUCCUCAAGAAGCUUACUCCCCAGGUUUGGCUGCCGGUUUUGACCUUUUUCUGGGGUAUUUCUGCCAUGUGUCUGGGGUUCAUUCAGAAUUUCGCUGGCUUCGUUGGUGUGCGUGCUCUGCUUGGAUUAACGGAAGGCGGUCUGCUACCAGGAAUUGUUCUUUACUUGUCCACCAUCUAUACUAGAGGUGAACUUGCCUUGCGUAUUGGUAUCUUUUACACAGCCGCUUCCUUGUCUGGCGCGUUCGGUGGUCUUUUGGCGCGUGGAAUUUCCGAGAUUGGUACUCGAGGUGGUCUCAGCUCGUGGCGGUGGAUCUUUGUGAUCGAGGGUUUAUUUACUGCUAUCGUCGGAAUUGCUGCCUAUUUCAUCCUUCCAAACGGUGUUGGCUCGGCCAAGUUCCUUACACCCGAGGAGCGCGAAUUCGCCAUCAGUCGUCUCAACACAUCUGCCGAUGGCAACGGCAACCGGCACGAAAAGGAGGCAGCCGAGAGGUUCGCUUGGUCUGAGGUGGGCCGUGGUGUCUUUAGUCUGCAGACAUGGUUCACGGCCUGCGCGUAUUUCGGCAUCCUUAGUGGGCUGUACAGCUUUGGUCUCUUCCUUCCGACCAUUAUAACUGGGUUAGGAUACACAGCCAACGAAGCUCAGCUCUGGUCCGUUAUCCCCUAUGCUGUAGCUUCCGUGGUAACAGUCUGCACCGCGUUUCUUUCCGAUCGAUUCCGUGUCAGAGGAGUUGUUAUGCUCUGUUCAUUGCCAUUGGCCAUUAUUGGGUAUGCGGUCAUUGCCAACACCAACAGCAACCCCGUCAAAUAUGGCAUGACAUUCCUUAUGGCCACGGGUCUGUACAGCAGUGUACCUCCUGUUCUGGGAUGGCUUUCAAAUAACUCAUCUGGCCACUAUAAGCGAGCGACGACUAGCGCCUUGCAACUUGCCAUUGCGAAUUGCGGUGGAUUCGUUGCUGUCUUCAUUUAUCCCAAGUCUGAGGGACCGGCAUACCGAAAAGGACAUACUAUCAUUCUUGGACUUUUAUGUGGCGGAUGGUUCCUGAUUCUCUGCAAUGUGUUGUACUGCUGGAAAAUCAACCGGGAUAAGGCGAAUGGCAAAUACGAUAAAUACCGCGGCUACGGUGACGACCGUGACCCCACGUUCAAGUUGGUGUUGUAGAUAGCUGGGAAGUAUUCUCGGAUAUAGUAGAGGGAGUUUACCGUUGUCAUGAAAUCGACAAGUAUGGUGUCAGGACGAAUACCCAGCUAGCCCUCUUGAAUUUGUGAUUUCAAGAUGUCCCAUACAAAUACCUAUGUGUUUUCUUACCCUUUGGUACGGAGGCUGGUUGCGAGGACUUUGGGUCUGGAAGUGAGGCAACAGGAUCUCGUUGGAGUUUUGGUUGUGUCCAUAUUUCAAGUAUAUAUAACAGUUGAUAGAAAAGGAUGACAUUCCCAUUGCGGUUAUUUGUUUUGGAGGGUAUGCUUGAGCACGUGGUACCGAGGGCCGCAUCAGUCGAUUUUCCUGAGACUAUUUUUAUUCUACUACUAGUAGUACAUGUUACCUACUAUGUAAAGCCUAAAACUAGGUUAUGUACCUGGCAGCAGUGGUAGGUUAGGUGGUUUCAGGGUCCAGGCACACUUUAUAGUGGGUACAAUACAUGGUAGCUGUCGGCUCAAUGCUACAGGGGAUAUAAGCCCGCAGCAGUGAUGUGAUGGUGUCGGGGG